AUGCGUUGCUCAUCCUUGGCUUUGGCACUUUGCCUGGGCGGCCAUGCCCUAGCUUCCCCAAUUGAAAGGCGUGACUAUGUGACAGAACUCACAGUCGUCACAACCACUGUCUAUCACUACCCUGGAGGAAUAAAACCCACCCCUCCUGUUCAACGACCGCAAAAAUUGUACCCAGGUUGGCCGGGUGGUUGGCCAGGCUGGUUUCCGUGGCCCCAACCCGGGCAACCCGGGCUUCCGCCUCGACCUACACCGCCGCCGCCUAAACCACAACCCCCAGCUCAGCCUCAACCUCAACCUCAACCUCAACCUCAACCCCAGCCUGAACCUCAACCUCAACCCCAGCCUGAACCUCAACCUCAACCCCAGCCUGAACCCCAGCCACAACCCCCGCCACGACCAUCUCCUCCGCCUGAAACCCCUGCCCCUCCUCAGUCACCGGAAGGUCCAGGUUCUCCGCCUCCUAAAAAUGACUAUCGAGCUACCGCCCUAUACCAUCAUAAUAUUCACCGUACCAACCACUCUGCUGAAGCGCUUACCUGGAAUGAUCGACUGGAAAGCACCGCCCGCCAGCUUGCUGAGACAUGUGUGUAUGAACACGACACUAAAAUUGGCGGCGGCGGAUACGGCCAAAACAUUGGAUACCAAUCAGGUUUCAACAGCCUUGCCCAAAUGAUCACUGAUAGUAUGUACAACGGUGAGGCUCCAUUGUUCGACGGUCUGUAUGGCCAAGCCAAUCCUGGAGGUAAUUUCUACGGUUGGGGUCACUUCACACAGAUUGUUUGGAAAGGCACCAAACACGUCGCCUGUUACACCCAUCGCUGCGCCACUCUGAGGGUUGGAAGGUCUGGCUCAACUGUGAAUAACGCAAAUUACAUGGUUUGCAACUAUGGCCCUCCAGGAAACUACGCUGGUGAAUACGAUCGGAAUGUUGGGAGACCACUAGGUCAACCAAUUGUCACUGGUUAA